AUUUAAGACUCUUAGUCAAAGACGAAUUUCUUAUAAAUGUCUGUUUUUACCCAGACAAUAUUUCCCAAAAAGUAGGCUAUAGUAAGCAGUGCAACAAGAAAUUCUAAAUAAAUGCAAAUACGUAGGGUAGCCCUAUCUGGAGAACUAAGAAUUGUAAAGAAGACUCCUACACGAUAAAUUAACUGAACAAUUAGUAAAAAUCCAUUCACGUUUUCUAACGAUUUGAAUUUUUCAGAAGCUUCUAAAUACAUAUUUCUUUUUUUCUCUUGCACCUCUUGAGCUGUCUGUUCUUCUGCAAGACGCUUAUGCAACUCUUUCGUUUUCAAGCCUAAAUCCAUUAUGAACAAUGCGCUGGUUUUUUUAAACUAGGAAAAAAAGAUCUUAUGUAAACAUAAGAUUGUUCGUGACUCCUCAAUUCAUAUACAAAUGGGAAAAACCAACUGGGAUGGACUAGAAGAAAGGUAGGUCAUACUCAAGCAGUUAGGAAGUACUCGCUUUCCUAUAGAAACGGCAUUAUUACAAUGGCGGCAAGUACGAGGAAAUCUCCGUAUGAUUUUGGCAGAAUCUUUCUUUUAAAACGUAGUAAAAAAGCAAUUAACGUUUGUUAUAUCGGAAUUGGUCUCACGUUUCUCUUUUUGUAUCUCUUGUAUUCCAUUUCCACCAACGGGGCCUCCACGCCUUCUUUCAUAGUUUGGUCUAUUUAUUGCGCUCUCAUAUUUUGUGUACACCUUGCUCUUGUUUACUAUCUGCAUUUCAAUUCCAUACCUGCCGAAGAAAUCCCUUCAGUUGAAGAAUAUCAAAUCAUUGACACCUAUGCGUCUGGUGUUAGUACUCCUCCAGUAUGCGCUCCUCCUUUGUAUGCAAGUUAUUCUAAGAAUCCCUAUUCUUAAUUACUUUUUGGUACAUUGGUUGCCAUGUUGUCCUUUGAACUUGAAAGUCAUAGCUAUACCUGAGAACCUUUUAGUGUUCGACUACUAAUAUGAGCAUCCUUAUUCAGAAACUUUGAAAAUACUACUUAUCAAUCCUCUUAGUUAACUAUACUUACGGCUCCAAGCCGAAAGGAGGGGGGGAUCAUAAUCUCAAGUAUCGUACAGGUAAGAGGACUCUUUGAUUUGGAUUUUUUUUUUUUUUUUUUUUGAAGAUAUUAUUUUGAACAGCGAGAAAACAUCGCUAAACGAUAGGACCGAAAGAAUCUCAGUGAAUGGAGAUUCAAAUCUGUUAAAGCCUACUCUGGAUGUAUUAAACGUUGGUUUAUAUACGCUUUUACACUAAAAGGAAACUCCAAUGGAAUAUUUUACGGCGGUCGAAUUUGUCGUGUAUACCACUCAUUCUUAAGCAAGUUUCUACUUCGUACAGUUUGACUGGUUAUGUUUUCAAGACACAAAAUUAUUCAAUACCAACCUCGCUUCCGAAGUAAUUUGUUGUCGAAUUCGUACUCCGUACAAUACAACACGUUCAUGAAUGAGAUGCCUUCAUGAACAUACUAAAGCGUGUCGAAGCUACCUGUAGAUUUUUGUAAUCUCAGUUCCUUUUGUAUUUAAAGACGAGUACUUAUGGGAUAUCCUUCGUUUUUCCUUAAAAAGUAUAUAAUAGCAUUUGUUUACAUUUUUUUUUCAGAGGUUACAUUGUUCCUUUCGUAACCAAAACAGAUACACUGGCGGAAGAACUUAGUCACUACUUUAUGGGUUUAGUAGGUCUAUAAUAUCAGAAUGACCGGUGGAAAAUUAUUUUUUCUUUCUUCUAUAACAUUGCUUCUGGUUGCAUCCUGGAUACAAUGUGCUUCGGCAAGCAGUGGUGAUUUACAUCCGCACUACAGGACUUGCCUUAACAAUUGUAUUACUAUUGAUUGUAAUCAAAAUCCUUCUCAAAAUGGGAUGCUUCCGUGGUAUUUAAGAUUAUUUUUUUGGGAUUGCGGUAGCGAUUGCCGCUACGAAUGCCAAAUUGAUGCUGAACACUAUUUUGCUGUGAACGGAAUUCCUUCUCAGCAAUACUUUGGAAAAUGGUACUUUAUAAGAAUUUUUGGUAUUCAGGAAUUCUUUAGCGUCUUAUUCUCCUUGUUUAAUUUAAUCGUUCACUAUAACGGUUAUCAGCGUAUGCGCCGUUGCAUUCCCGAUUCACACCAUAGUAAGUCAUUGUGUCUAAAAUGGGCCCUUAUUGGCAUGAAUGCAUGGGUAUGGAGUAGUGUUUUCCACACUCGUGACACUCCUUUCACCGAGAAGUUGGACUAUUUUUCAGCCGGCGCUUUUGUUCUAUUCGGCUUGUAUACUUCGCUUGUUCUGAUGUUCAAAUUAGAUCUCAAACGAGGAGGUAGAAUAGCAACAACAAUACUUGGAGCCCUCUUCUUGAUUGCGUUUAUUGCACACGUCAGUUAUCUAUCCUUUUAUACUUUUGAUUAUGGUUACAACAUGAAGGCGAACCUUUCUGUAGGUCUGCUUUCAAAUAUCCUUUGGUAUUACUAUUCUUGGUCACAUAGAAAUAUUGGUCUUUCUUGGACAAAGGUACCUGCUUUAUCUGUAACGGCCCUAAUGCUCUCUGCUUCCUUGGAACUUUUUGAUUUCAGUCCUAUUGCAAACCUAGUUGAUGCUCACGCACUUUGGCAUCUAGCUACAGUACCUAUUACUUAUUAUAUUUAUGGUUUUGUAAUUAAAAGUUCGCUUUAUGACCUCAAUGGUACUUCUCCAAAGGUCAAAUCCAUGUAUGGCAAAGACUAAUUCUUUUCGUUUUUUUCAUUUUUCAUUAACUAUAUACCCUUCAACAAUGUAUAUUUAAGUUUUACUCGUUUCUAGACAUAAGUUCAAUACUAU